CGGUCCUCGUGCGCGUCGUCCCGCCGCACUUCUCCGCCCUGCUCGCUCCUCCGUCUCCUCCGCCCCGAGGGCUCCCUGCGACCUUCCUUCCUGAAGCCGCUCGCCUGUCCGCCCCGCCGUCGCCCUGACCUCGGGAUCACCGCGCUCGUCGUUGGCUAAACGCAAAAACAGCCUGCGGACCCGCGGCCACCGGAGGAACCGCCACGUCCCGGGCCCGCCGCCUUCGCCAGGCCGUGGUCCCCGGCCCGGGCGGAAGAUGGCGACGGCCGCGUGACUUGAGUGUCCCCGAGACUAACUUUGGGACCGGGACGGGGAGAAGUGGGAGCACUGGUGUCGUUUGCUCCUGUGAUUGCCUGAUCUUACACGCCCCGCCGUCCCCGGCCUGCUUGGUGGGCAGCGGGGACCCAGGCCGAUCUGGAUCUGUAGAAUCGGGGGGCGAUGGCGAUGACGCUGUUGGAAGACUGGUGCAGGGGCAUGGAUGUAAACUCCCAGAGAGCGCUGCUCGUUUGGGGGAUCCCGGUGAACUGUGAUGAGGCCGAAAUCGAAGAGGCCCUUCAGGCUGCGAUGCCCCACGUUCCCUAUCGAGUACUUGGGAGAAUGUUCUGGAGGGAAGAAAAUGCAAAAGCAGCCUUGUUAGAGCUCACUGGAGCAGUUGAUUAUUCCUUGAUCCCCAGGGAGAUGCCAGGGAAAGGAGGGAUGUGGAAGGUGAUGUUCAAGCCCCCCACAUCUGAUGCUGAGUUUUUAGAACGGUUGCACCUCUUCCUAGCUAGAGAGGGGUGGACUGUGCAAGAUGUUGCCCGUGUCCUUGGGUUUCAAAACCCGGCUUCGGCUCCAAGCCCAGAAAUGUCGGCAGAGAUGCUCAAUUAUGUUUUGGAUAAUGUUAUUCAGCCUCUUGUUGAGUCCAUAUGGUACAAGAAAUUAACGCUGUUCUCCGGGAAGGACAUCCUGGGGCCUGGCGAGGAGACCUUUGAAACCUGGCUGGAGCACACUAAUGAGGUCAUAGAGGGUUGGCAGGUGUCUGAUGUAGAAAAAAGACGGCGUUUGAUGGAGAGUCUGAGAGGCCCCGCUGCGGAUGUCAUUCGCAUCCUCAAGUCCAGCAACCCCGCCAUCACCACUGUGGAAUGCCUGAAGGCUCUUGAGCAGGUGUUUGGGAGCGUGGAGAACUCUAGGGACGUUCAGGUCAGAUUUCUGAACACUUAUCAGAAUCCAGGAGAAAAGUUAUCUGCUUAUGUCAUUCGUUUGGAGCCUCUGUUGCAAAAGGUUGUGGAAAAGGGAGCCAUUGAUAAAGAGAAUGUGAACCAGGCUCGCCUGGAGCAGGUCAUUGCUGGAGCCAACCACAGUGGGGCCAUCCGAAGGCAGCUGUGGCUGACGGGGGCUGGGGAAAGACCGGCACCCAAUCUCUUCCAGUUGAUGGUACAGAUCCGCGAGGAGGAAGCCAAAGAGGAGGAGGAGGAGGCUGAGGCCGCCCUCCUGCAGCUAGGCCUGGAUGGGAACUUCUGAGUACUGGGGGGAAGGGGCUGUAGUGCAGACCUAGGUCCCAGCUGCUUUAUUCUCUGCUGUCUUACUGGCCUGUCUCUGAAUAAUAAUGACCCGGCCUUGCUCUGUAUUUUGUUUUGUUUUCUUCCGCUGUGAUGGGGCAGGACAGUCAGGCCUGCAUAUUCAUGUUAUAUUCUCAAAAUCAUGAGAUUGCCCUGAGCUGGUGCAACAGAAGUGAGUCUAGCUGGCUAAAAUAACAGGGAAAGGCUUGGACAUAAGAGCUUAGUGAAGCUGUAUGGUAAGAAAUGUGAAGCUAUGACACUUCCCAUUCAGGGAAUUAAAUGUGAAAUUGCUAAAUCAUAUGUUCAAUGCAGAGCCUGGUUCACAGCAGAUUUCAGUACAAAUGCAAACUUAUAUUUGUCACUAAUCUUGUGGAUAGUUUACUGUAAAUUACUCCUGAUUAUAUUAAGGAAAUGUGAAUUUAUUAGAUAUCACUCAGCUGUACAAAACAGAUUUAUUUCUCAACUUUCAACCUCUGGAUCAAUUUAAUUGGUAAGUAUUCUAAGAGUACAAAAUGGAAUGUUAGAAAAGUACUGCUUUUAUGGAGCUAUGUGAAUCAAAUUUUCACUGCAUAAAGUGAAUAUAACUAUAAAUCACAUGAGAAGAUUGAUAUGAACAAGUAAUACCUUUCCCCAGUUGCAGAUCUUUGUCAUAAAUUCUUGUUCAUGUGGAUUGUGAGUGUUCUAAAUCUGAAGAUCUUGAAUAAAAACUUUAAAAUGUUAAA